AUGGCUUCCUGGUUGACACCUGCCUUUCAUGCGGAGGGUGGCAUGCCGCUGAUUCAUCCAUGGAUGGCACCGGACCUGUGCGAACGCGGGCCCAAUGUGCAGCAGCAACGGGCAGUUGAUCGCAUCAAGGAACAGCAUGGAUAUUCUCGCUUAGAGGAGGAUGGAUGCAAAGACGUCGAGAACAAAGAAGCAGAUAAAGUGGAACAUUGGACCAACGCUGAGUUGGGGAAGAUGGUGGAGGACUUGACCGGUCGGCGGCCACCACCGCGCACCUCCAAGACCACCUUGGUGAGUCGUAUCGAGCGAGCGAGUUUGGGGGACAUGCGCAAGUCCAAAACGGCGCAGGUCUGUGAGAAGGCUCCAAAACGAGGUUGCCGUGCCACCAUCUCGAAGGGGCAACUGGCGCAGAUGAGAUCCGUCUUGAAGUCGGAGGCUUCUGCGCUCGCGCUGCGCCACAGCCACAAGGACCUCGAGAAGAUGUGGAACCGCAUGGGGAUGAUUGCCAUGUAUCCCAAAAUGACGGGCAAGGAGACUGUGAUCUCAAGAAUGAAGGCCUUUGCCACUCGAAACAUCGAACACCAUGGCCUAUAG